UUCAUCUUUUAUUUCUUAGCUACCCUAGGCCUUUUUUAUGAGAUUAAUCUGGCCUCUGCACUAAAGGAUGCACGUCUUUCUGGAGACAGAAGCUGCACAGAUGGAGAACCAAAGAGUGAUCUACUCUGAUAUAAAUCAGGCUCAAACCCAAAAGAAGCAGCAAAGGAAACCGAUGGGCACUAACAGCUCCGUUUCAGAACACGAACAAGAAAUAACCUAUGUGGAGUUAAACCUUCAAAGAGCAGCUCAAGAUCUUCAAGGGGAUGACAAAGCUUACCACUGCAAAGAUUUACUGUUACCUGCAGAGAAGCUCAUUGCUGGAAUCCUGGGAGUUAUCUGUCUUGUCUUAAUUUCUGAGUUGAUAACAAGAGUUGUCAUUCUCUCAACACAGAAGCAGAGCAAUUCUUUCCAGACUAUGAGAACUCAGAAAGCUUAUUAUUGUGGUCAUUGUCCAGAGGAGUGGUUCACAUAUUCCAACAAUUGUUAUUCCAUUAAUAAGGAACGCAAAACCUGGAAUGAAAGUUUGAGGGACUGUGCUUCUAAGAACUCCACUCUGCUUUAUAUAGAUAAUUUAGAAGAAAUGAAAUUUCUGGGCUCCCUGUCACAACAAUCAUGGAUUGGAGUUUUUCGUAAUAGCAGCAAUCGUCCAUGGGUGUCAAUAAAUGGCUCCACUUUCAAAUUGAAUAUAUCAGAAGCAAACCCUGGCAAAUAUAACUGUGCUUUGCUAAACCUCCAUCAUAUUCGGACAGAUGAAUGUGGAUCUUCAAACAUAUAUCACUGCGCAGUGGCUCAUGCCUGUAAUCCUAGCACUCUGGCAGGCCAAGGCAGGAGGAUUGCCCUGAACUCACAGGUUCAAGACCAGCCUGAUCAAGAGUAAGACCCUGUCUCUAAAAAAUAGCCAGGGAUUGUGAUGGGCACCUGUAGUCACAGCUACUUGGGAGGCUGAGGCAAGAGAAUCAUUUGAGCCCAGAAGUUUGAGGUUGCUGUGAGUUGUGAUGCCACAGCACUACACCUAGGGUGACAAAGUGAGAUUUGACUAAAAAGAACAAUAAUAAUAAUAAUAAUAAUAAUAAUCACAUUUGUAGGAUAAUACACACACCACAUAGGAUGUCAUUGCUUUUGUGUCUGGCUCCUUUUUGGUUAACAUUGUGUUUGUAGAAUUUAGACUUUGGAAAAAUUGAGUGUUAUGUUAUCUAUUUAUAUAAAAUACCAAGAAUUGGCAAACUUACAGAGAAACAAAUUGGAAUAAUGUUGUCCAAAGGGUGAGUGAGAGGUAGUGACCACUAAUUGCUACAUGUUUUCUUUGUGGGGUAAUGAAAAUUUUCUAAAUUUUAAAAGUGUUUUUUGCUGUAACUCUGCAAAUAUACAAUACUUAAUGAAUUUAUACACUUUAAAUGAAUGAAAUAUAUGCUAUCUACA